AUGGAGCGUCUACAGGGGGAAGUAGAUAAUCUGACCACGGACGUGGCGCGGUUGGAAAUGCGAGUGAAGUCGUUGAAAGAAGCGAUGCCGCGACGCUUGCGCACGUUUGACCCUGAAUGCAAGGUCGUCAGCGAGUACUUCAGGGUAUUUGCCCAUGGCUUCCGCCACUCGUUCCAACUGGACUUCCUCCACGGCAUCAUGACCGACGCGAUGGCGUUCAACAGCCACGUUGGCCUGGACAGUUUGAUUGCCCAGUGGACGUUGUGUAUGUCAGUGUUUCAGUCUGUCAUGGUGUCGUGGAUUCAAAGCUGCAUCGUGGUGUGCCACUCCGAAGUCGUGGUCGAUGGGCUCGCGAUCUUCUACCUUCGCUUGUCCCGCCACACGAUCGAGGCGCUGUUUCCCCACUUGCUCAGCAACGAACCGAUUGUCCAAAGACUUGUGGGCCAAGUCAUGGAAUUGCCGACGCAGUGUCAGUUUACGUUUGAUGCAGAGUCCGUCAAAGUGAAGAAGUACUGCUGUUUUGCGUGCCCGGCGGUGGCCCUCAUGAACCUAUUGCACUCUGCCGAAGACACGGCCGUCGCCAUCGACGGAACCCUCUUCGGCGACAAUGCGGAAAUCCUUCCCACGCCGCGGUUGGGAGCAAUUCGUGGGGGCAUUGUGUAG